GUGGAGGCCGUAUCUAGUGAUUAAAAGUUACUCUGUGAUUCUCGGGGUGUGUGGUCGUUCAUAACACGUCCCUAGACCAUGCUUGCCCUGUGGCUGCUCCUGCUCCCGUGCCUGUCUCUGUUGCCGCUCGUUCAGACCGAGAAGGGACUGGAGUUCCCUCGCUAUGACGGGAAAGACAGAGUCAUCGACAUCAAUAACAAGAACCACCAGAAGGCCAUGAAGAAGUACACCAUGAUGUGUCUGCUGUACCACAAACCCAUCCCUGAUGGGAAGGAGCUGCAGAAACAACACCUGAUGACUGAGAUGGUGCUGGAGCUGGCUGCUCAGGUUAUGGAGGAAAAGGAGAUUGGGUUUGGAAUGGUAGACUCCCACAAAGACACCAAGGUUGCCAAGAAGCUGGGCCUGGUGGAAGAGGGCAGUGUGUAUGUGUUCAAGGCAGACCGUGUGAUUGAGUUUGACGGCAUGCUCUCUGCCGACACCCUGGUGGAGUUCCUUCUAGACCUUUUGGAGGAGCCUGUGGAGGUGAUAGGAAAUGCUCUGGAGCUGAGGGCCUUCGACAGGAUGGAGGAAGACAUCCGCCUCAUUGGAUAUUUUAAGAACGAGGACUCAGAACACUACAGUGCAUUCAAGGAGGCUGCAGAGCAGUUCCAACCCUACAUCAAAUUCUUUGCCACCUUUGAGAAAGCUGUGGCCAAGGAGCUGACCCUGAAAAUGAACGAGGUGGAUUUCUACGAGCCCUUCAUGGAGGAGCCCGUCACCCUCCCUGACAGACCCAACUCUGAGGAGGAGAUCGUGGCUUUCGUCACUGAACACAGAAGGCCAACACUGCGAAAGCUGCGUGCAGAGGACAUGUUUGAGACAUGGGAGGACGUUGUGGAGGGGAGCCAUAUAGUGGCCUUCGCAGAGGAGGAGGACCCUGAUGGUUAUGAGUUCCUGGAGCUGCUGAAGGAGGUGGCUAGAGACAACACCCACCACCCUGGUCUCAGCAUAAUCUGGAUCGACCCUGAUGACUUCCCACUGCUUAUCCCCUACUGGGAGAAGACCUUCCAGGUGGACCUGUUCAAACCUCAGAUCGGCGUGGUCAACGUUACUGACGCUGACAGCAUCUGGCUGGAGAUGGAAGAACAAGAUCUGCUCACAGCCCAGAAGCUGGCGGACUGGAUAGAGAACGUCCUGUCGGGCAAGGUCAACACAGAGGAUGAUGAUAACGACGAUGAUGAGGAGGAGGAGGACGACGACGACGACUCUGAUGAUGACUCUGAUGAUUCGGAUGACUCUGAUGAUGAAGAAGACGAGGACGACGAUGAUGAAUAAUUCAAAAACUGUGAAUUUGUCAUCUAGAAUUAAUAACAUUGUUGUAUAGUCUCUUUACUGUACUAUCAUCAACGUUUAGGGUGAGAGAAAUAGACCUAAACGCUUUUAUAGAAGAUUUUGUACAACGUGUCUGGCCUAAGUCAACCUCUCUGCAUUAUAAGAAAACCCAUUAACAGCUUUUGUUUUUCAUGAAUCUGGAAAAAGAUCUGUUGAUAAACUGAAAUCAAUCUGAAAAAGAGAAUUAACAAUGUGCUGACAAACAGAGAUACUUGAGAAAGAACAAGGCAGUUAACCCACUGUUCCUAGGCCGUCAUUGUAAAUAAGAAUUUGUUCUUAACCUAGUUAAAUAAAAAAACAUCUGUGAACUGCUGCUGUACACUAUCCUAAACCUCAAUAAAGUGUGGUAUCUUUGUGUAUUUUGCUGUUUCCAAACCAUGCCCUCUAAUGCAUGCUUUGUGUAUAGAUUAUUGCAUUUUAGGUUUGGAUUUCAGUGCACACAGUCCCUUCUCUCCAUGCCACAGUGGCUGUAUCUUUGUUAUUACUAUUGAGUCCCGUGUGGCUCAGUUGGCAGAGCAUGGUGCAGUUAAAUGUCAAAUAAAUAAAUUCACACCUU